UUUGCAACUUCAUGUCUCACGAAAAGUGCCUCAAGAAUGUCAAGAUACCAUGUUCAUGUAUUGCUCCCAGCCUUGUAAGGGUUCCAGUUGCACACUGUUUUGGGCCUCCAGGACAUUACAAAAGAAAGUUUUGCACUGUGUGCAGAAAGUCACUAGAGUCACCUGCCUUUCGAUGUGAAGUUUGUGAGCUACAUGUGCACACAGACUGUAUCCUGUUUGCUUGCAGUGACUGCCGGCAAUGUCACCAGGAUGGGCACCUGGACCAUGAUACUUACCACCACCACUGGAGGGAGGGAAACCUUUCUUCAAGUGCUCGUUGUGAAGUUUGCAAAAAAACCUGUGGAUCUUCUGAGGUGCUCUCUGGCAUGAGAUGUGAAUGGUGUGGCAUCCUGGCACAUGCUGCUUGCUAUAUAAUUGUGACACCAGAAUGUACCUUUGGAAGAUUAAGGAACAUGAUUCUUCCUCCAAGUUGUGUGCAAUUAUUUUCUCGCAACUUCAGCAAAUUGCAUUGUUUUCGAAUAUCGGAAAAUUUGCCAACAGAAUCAGAUGAAGAUGAUGAUGUUGAUGGAUCAACACAGGGAUCAGCAAAAGAUAUCCAAAUUUCAACAGAUUCAAGUAAACAAACAUUAAAGAUAUUUGAUGGGAAUGAUGCAGUGAAACGCAAUCAAUAUCGACUGAUUUCAGUUCCAAGGAUUGCGAAAAAUGAAGAAGUUGUGGAGGCUGCUUUGAGGGCAUACUACAUAAAUGAUGACCAGCAGGAGUAUGAGCUUCAGACCUUUACGCAGCAGGUGCUGCUCUCGGAUGAUGUUAUCAACAGGAACGAUGCUGCAGAGGACAGCAACUGGGGAUCUGUGUUCCGAGAAUCCAUUCCUGAAGCUUGGAUCAUCAGAGCUAAACCAAAGGAUGAGGAAGUGAUCAGGAUUUAUCCUGCCUGGCUAAAAGUGGGAAUGGCAUAUGUUUCUCUACGAGUAAAUAAGGAUAGCACUGUGCAGACUGUGAUGAAAGAAGUGCUUCCAUUACUUGGAAGACAGACGGAGUGCCUCCAGAAUUUCAAAUUGGUGGAAGUGCUUAUGGGCAGUAAGCAAGUUCAGCGCAUGGUCUUGGACAAUCAGGAACUGAUUCUUAGCAGACUCAAGGACAUAAGAAAGACUUCAAUACGUCAGAUGAAUCAAACAAGAUUUUACAUUGUGGAAAACAGUAAAUCUAUUGUACAAGUAAAUUUAUUUGUUGGCGGCCUUCCACCUCAGCUUUCCCCUGAAGAAUACACAAAUAUUCUUAAGGAAGAAUUAGCUAUCAAAA